AGAGAGGUUUUUGAUGAUUUUUCAAUCUUUUCUACUAGGUAAUCUAGUAUCCUUAUGCAUGAAGAUAAUCAAUUCGGUCAUUGUAGUCAGACUCUAUUAUGGAUUUCUGACCACAUUCUCCAUAAGGCCCUCUUAUCUCUUCCUUCUCCGAGCUCUGGUUAUGGAAGAAGGAACCGAGAAGAAGGUAUCAGCAACAACUGGUUUUAUUAUGGGACAACUCAUGAUGUUCAUAUCAAUCUAUUAUGCGCCUCUGCAUCUAGCAUUGGGUAGACCUCAUACAAUAACUGUCCUAGCUCUACCAUAUCUUUUGUUUCAUUUCUUCUGGAACAAUCACAAACACUUUUUUGAUUAUGGAUCUACUACCAGAAAUUCAAUGCGUAAUCUCAACAUUCAAUGUGUAUUCCUAAAUAAUCUCAUUUUUCAAUUAUUCAACCAUUUCAUUUUACCAAGUUCAAUGUUAGCCAGAUUAGUCAACAUUUAUCUCUUUCGAUGCAACAACAAGAUCUUAUUUGUAAAAAGUGGUUUUGGUGGUUGGUUAAUUGGUCACAUUUUAUUCAUGAAAUGGCUUGGAUUGAUAUUAGUCUGGAUACGGCAAAAUCAUUCUAUUAGAUCGAAUAAGUACAUUCGAUCUAAUAAGUACAUUGUGUUAGAAUUGAGAAAUUCUAUGGCUCGGAUCUUUAGUAUUCUCUUAUUUAUUACCUGUGUCUACUAUUUAGAAAGAAUACCCUCACCCAUUCUUACUAAGAAACUGAAAGAGGCCUCAAAAACAGAAGAAAGGGAGGAAAGUUAGGAAGAAAGAGAUGUA